GCUUUCUGGGGCAGGGGGAGCCCUGUCGGCAGCUUUCCCUUUCACCUUUGUUGGAGCCCUCAGAGCCCUCCAUCCUCCUCCCCAACCCUGCCCCACACCUCCUGGUCGUACCCCCUCUCUUUUGGUCCCUGGCUCCAGAAGACCCAUGCCCCACACACCUGCAUCUUCAGCCAUGAUUUACGGAGCCCUGCCUGCCCCUUCUCAGCUCCCUCCUGCCUGCACCCCAAUCGGCCCCUUCCUGACUUGCCUUAUUUAUUUGUUCGACGCGUCUCUUGAAUGUAUCCGCCUCGGCCCCCACCUCUGCCUUCGCUGCGCGCGCCCCUCGUGUUUCAGGGCUGACUCUGCCCCCACCCCGACUCCGCAUGUUUGCGUCUGUUAGCUCCCUUUCUGGCCCUGUCUUCCCCCAUCACCCCGACUCUGGCCGCCAACCCGGGGCCAAAGAGGAGGGGCUGUACAUAGGAACGCGUUGCGGAGUCCCGCCCCUGUCCCCCGAGGGGAGGGGGCUUGUACAUACUGUAACAUACAGAGUAUAGUGAAGAAUCUAUUUAAGGCGCCGCGGGGAGGGCUGCACGGCCGGGCUCGCGGUUCCCUGGCGCGGCAGGGGCCUCCUGCAGGCUCCACGAGCACUUUCUACUUGUGCAUGGGCUUGGUUUAUACGAAUUGCCAUUAAACAUCGCUGCACCAGCCAGCCUCCGGCCUCUGUCUUCGGGGGGGCGGGGCGGGGCCUCGGCCAGCAGGAGGUGCCCACGCCCGGCGGGCCUCGGAUCCGGGCCGGGCUGGCGCGUGGUUUUCCGCCUCCGACGUGUUUCCGGCCUUAAAGGCAUUUCCCCCUUCCCUUUAAGACGCACCGCCCCCUUUCAGUCACUCCCAAGAUGGCGGACCUACUGGGCUCCAUCCUGAGCUCCAUGGAGAAGCCACCCAGCCUCGGUGACCAGGAGACUCGGCGCAAGGCCCGAGAGCAGGCUGCCCGCCUGAAGAAACUACAAGAGCAAGAGAAACAACAGAAAGUGGAGUUUCGUAAAAGGAUGGAGAAGGAGGUGUCAGAUUUCAUCCAAGACAGUGGGCAGGUCAAGAAAAAGUUUCAGCCAAUGAACAAGAUAGAGAGGAGUAUACUACAUGACGUGGUGGAAGUGGCUGGCCUGACAUCCUUCUCCUUUGGGGAAGAUGAUGAGUGUCGCUAUGUCAUGAUCUUUAAAAAGGAGUUUGCACCCUCAGAUGAAGAGCUGGACUCCUACCGUCGUGGAGAGGAAUGGGACCCCCAGAAAGCCGAGGAGAAACGGAAGCUGAAGGAGCUGGCCCAGCGGCAGGAGGAGGAGGCAGCCCAACAGGGACCUGUGGUAGUGAGCCCUGCCAGCGACUACAAGGACAAGUACAGCCACCUCAUUGGCAAGGGAGCAGCCAAGGAUGCGGCCCACAUGCUGCAGGCCAACAAGACCUACGGCUGUGGUGAGGCCACAGUGCGGGCUCGGGGGUGGCUGGGAAGAAGAGGAUGGGGGCGGGGAGGGAGCGGAGGCCAAGGCACAGGGCUCCUGGGCCCUCCCCACCCUCCCCUCUGCCCCCAGUGCCUGUGGCCAACAAGAGGGACACACGCUCCAUUGAAGAGGCCAUGAAUGAGAUCCGAGCCAAGAAGCGUCUGCGGCAGAGCGGGGAAGAGUUGCCACCUACCUCCUAGGCACCCCACCUAGCCCCCUUUGACCCCUGGGGCAGGGCAGGGGGCAGGGCAGGACAAGGCUGCUGCUAUUAGAACCCAUCCUGGAGCCCCACCUCUGAACCACCUCUGACCAGCUGUCACUCAGGCUGGGGGGAAGCAGGUGUUUGUCACUGUUGGAGCUUGGAUAUGUAUGUGGUGUGUGUGUCGUGUGAAAGAGAGUGUGAAUGCACAGGUGGGUAUUUAAUCUGUAUUAUUCUCCAUUCUCCUUGGAAUUUUCUUCCCUGUGGGGCUGGAGUUAUUUUACAUUCAAUAAACACUGUUUGACCCAA